AAAAACAAUUAUUUUGAAUCCAGACGUCAUUUUUAGACCGUAGAGGAGUUCAGCUCGGUUUUCUUCUUGCUCCUCCUGCAGACAUGAGGAUCACAAACCGCAUUCCUGCAGUCAUGAGGCGCAGCUGAUCUGAGUCACAAGCCAGAGAGCGAAAGAGAGGAACAAGCUGAACACGUUCAGACACGAAAAGAAAGAAAAGUCAAAGUCUGAACUGGCAACCAGCUGCUUUCAAGGAACCAGUUUAAAAGGCUCUUCACUUCUCAGGAAGAAUGACGACGCGGAGACUCAUCGACCAGAAGAUGGACUUUCAUCUGAGCCACAGGACCUUGUGACCUUUGACCUAAUGGAGGACAGGAAUGGGGAUUGCCAGGCGUCGGAGGAGACUGCUGUGGACUUUGAAACCAGACGAACCCAAACGGACCAACAGACCAACAACAACAGAUCCAAAUGGACAAACGGUCAGUGUAUCGCGGCGAUCCCGACCAGUUCAACGCUGAACCCCAGAUUUGAUCUGGAUCUCUGUCGAUCCAAACUGGAGCAGGAAGGAUUUGAAAUUCCUGUGACAGACAUGGAAGAUCCACUGAAAACAGCUCUGGAUGUCCCUUCAAUCAGAAGAUACAUGGUUUUCAACUCGGGCCUUUUCCACUUUGUUCUAGCGCCGGUGCUUUAUGUGGUGCUGUGGUGUGGGGUUUUCUCAACCCUCCACCUGUACAUCACCGUUACCGACUACUGGGUCCUCAUUCUCUCCGUCAGCCUGGUCUCCAUCCUCCUCACCACCGCCAUCAUCUACAUUCUUCAUCACAGUAACAAAAAUAUCAAUAUCAACAUCGACGUUCGGCUGAUCCAGGUGAAUGAGAGAAUGAUGAAACAUAAGCUGAUGGUGGGCGUUGCCGACUGGAUCCAGAACUGCACCGGACACAUGCAGCUGUACUUCGUGUACUGGGACAUGUCUUACUGCUGGAGGACGCUGUGUGAAACUUUAGAGGAGCGCAGCUUUGUGACAAAUGAAAACCAGAAAACCAUGAAGAGCAGAAUGUCACAUCUAGUCUUGGUGACGGAGCUCCCUCCCAUCAACCCCGAGGCCGGCGGUUCAGAUGUCGAGCAAGACUCUGAUGAAAACAGACCUCUGCUGAGAAAUGAGGACACGGGGUGCAGUACACCGUCCAGCCAGCGGGGGGACUCAAAGGUCACCUCUAACUACAGCCUUGUUCCUGAAACUUCACUACCUGCUCAGGCUAAAGCCUACCAACUUCUGAUGACCUACGGUGCAGUGUAUGUGAAGCUGCUAAUGUCUGAGAGGCUGUCGGGGCCGUCCCGUCACCGCCUGCGGCCCCUGAGGAGCCACUGCACCAGGGCUCCGGUCUGCCUCUGCCAGUACAUUAAAACCAAAGUCCUUCAAUAAAAAAGAAAACUGAAAACUGAAGGCAAACAGACAAACGAACAGGAUUUAUCCUUCUGGAGCCAAUGUGGAUUUAAGUUACGUUGAUCCGCUGAUGGACUCGUUGGGACCGUAACACUCUAUAUUUUGUUGUUGUUGGUUUUUCUCUUCAUCCUGUGAGGCAGCUUGUUUUAUUUUUACUUGCCUAGCUUCUGAUUUUCUGCCAGCUCUGUGUUUGCACCACCUGGGUGUUAAUUUGUUCGCAUUCAGCCAAAUGCUGUCAACAUUCAGCCCAACUGCUGGCAAACAGCAUUUAUAAUGGUUUAUACAUGACAAUCACCACCAUAUUUACUAUCUAGAGUUGUUUAAAUUAUUUAUACAAAUGAUAAUUACGCUGUAGAGCUGUUUGAUGUAUAUAUAGUAUAAUAUAGUGAGCCACGAAGAAAGCUUUUCUGUGCUGUGAACUAUAAGGACCUUUAGUUGAAAAGGAAUGGAUGGAUACAAUGUUAAUCACAUUGAUUCACACGUUAACUCUUGAUCAAAUGGAGAAAAGAAAGUACACCCACUUUCAGUUUGAGCUUUUAUGCAUCAGGACAUAAUAAAUAUUAUCUGGUUUUUAGUAUUUAGAAUAUUUUUGGUACAAUGUGCCCUGGAAUGUAACAAAAUAUUUUUUUCUAAAAUACUCAAAAAGAAAAUGCAGCUUUUUGAAUCAUGAUCUCUAUUCUCCAUCUUAAAGUUGCAGUACUUAUUUUUUUUUUAUAAAACAUAUCUUUUACAUAUUUGCUAAAAUCUGUCACCAUAUUGUGAAAGUGUAAUAUGAGACAGAAAAUCUUUGAAAAGCCCAGACACCUCCACCUCUUCUCUGAGCUGUGAUUGAAGAAAUGCACCACUCCCAGCCAAAAAGAGCCAAUCAGAGCCAGGAGGCGGGUCUUAGCGCUGCCAAUCAUCUUCAUGUACGCUGUUAAACGUGUUAAUGAUGAAGAAACAACAGGAAAACCAUUAAUCUGCUGUAAUUGGUGGCCAUGCUAACUAGAUUUAGCAUUCAUGACAUAUUACACUAUGCUAUAAGGAUGAGCAGGUGCAGGCAAGGGUGAUUGACAGCACUAAGACCAGCCUCCUGGCUCUGAUUGGUUGAUUCUAGUUUGCACUGGGAGAAGGCAAAG